AGACCGUGCACGUGUGUGCGCGCGCGCGUGUUUAAAGCAGCUUGUCGGCGGUGGGGGCAGUAACAGUAGAGCUCAGGCUGCUGCAGGGCUCAGUCGAGAUGCCGGUAGCGCUGAUGGAUAAACUGGAAGGGGGAUCGAGCUCUGUGUGUGGAAGCGACUCUCAGAGUCCUCGCGACUGGGAGACUGAUCAGCCAGUGGGGAGAGUAUGUCAUCGGCGACAGAGAAACAGAGAUGCAGCACGAAGGAGUCGCAAGAAACAAACCGAGAGAGCAGAUGUGCUACAUGAGGAACUGCAGGCUCUGGAGCAGUCCAACGCUGCCUUUGUGAAAGAGAUCGAUGAUCUGAAGAAGGAGCUGCAGCACUACCAUACAGUUUUAAAGGAACAUGAACCCCACUGUACGGUACACUGCUUGUCUCAGCCUUCAGUGCCCUUCACAGCUUCCAUACCCAGCACCUUCACCACAGACAUGACCCCUUCACUCUUCAAUCCAAGCCCUGUUCAAGACCUUCCACUUCCACCUUCAUCCAUACCAGAGUCAGAAAUCUCUCUGGCCGAUUUACUGGACAGGGCUGACUGGCUGCCAUGGGACCCGAUGGACCUGUAAGAGAACCCUAUUUAUUACAAGAACUAUGGGCUGUUGAAGAAAGCAGAUGUUUAGCAACAAAACAAAGACAUUACAGAAGUCCAUAAAUAUCAAUCUCUGUAAAUCAGUUGCAGCCCUAAUCUGACUUUGCUAUUCAUCUCCUCAUUAACCCUUAAAAUGUUUUUUUAUUUAUUGUAUACCAUGUUAGAGUAAUUACAGUGUAAUUACUCAAUAUAACAUGUAAACUUAAACUGCACUCACAGGAUGUUACUGCUGGCAAUAAUGCAACUUCUAAGAGUUAGGAAGGUGAUGUGUAAUGUGCCUGGGUUCAGUGUUUUGGAGCUAAAACUAAACUCUUCUGGACCAGGGCUAGAUAAGCAUGUUAUGGACAUGGUAUGGACUAUGUAGGCAGCUGGCCUGAAAACCACUACUGACUGUUAAACCUCUUGCUGCUGAUCUGUGUGAUUCUGUAUUAUAAUGAAAUAAGGUGUAUUCAGUAUGUGUUUGUUGAAUCUAUAAUUAUUAUGUUUAUUCAAAUUUAAUGUUUUAAUCAUAAAUAGAAAUUAAGUGUGUGGUCAAUAUUUACAAUUCACUUUAUCAGUAAAACCCCACAGUGCGCUUAUAGUUACUGUCCACCUAACUGGUCCAGUUUUAGAUUCUACACACAUCAGCUCUGACCCAGAAAUAUCAAACCAGGGGAUUUUCUAUGCUUCUAUUUUAAACAUAAGUGUGUCUGGGGGACAUGCUGUAAAUCUACACCUAUAUAGCUAUAGGGCCCACUCUAGAAUUGAAGGUACAUUUAAAAACUGUGUAAACAGUAAACUUAACCUGCUCAAACUAUUUAAACCAGCAACAGAGCUGACAGAUAACUUGCCAUUCUCUACCAUUUUGUGCCUUAACUCCAUAUACUAACCUCAUUAACAGCUGAAUUGGAGAUUUACCUAAAAUUACAAUACAAGAUUUGAGCUAUAAUUAAUUAAUUAAUUAAUAUACUGUUGGUGUAUCCUCAACAUUCUAUAUAAAUAAUAUUUCAAUUAUACGUUUGACAUAAAAAGUACUGCAUUGAACCAUAGUUCCUACCAUAAGAAAUGACAUCACAUUUAUUUAUUCAAACUGUUUGCAGAUUUUAUACGAUUUUGUAACAAAGGCAUUUUAUAACAGAAUUGACCCUAACAUUAAGACAGACUAUAAAUAGGAGUGUCAAAAUGUCCUGCUAAAUUAAACAUUAUAAAAACUGCAAAAACCUUAAAGAAUAGAAUUAACAUCAAUGUAAAACAAUAAAAUAAUAACUUCUAUUAACAUAUAUUGAUUUCCACCUUAACCCCUCUAAUGCAAAUUUCCUAUUUUGGAGAUCAGCAAUGCUAUAUACAUUAAACGUACAAAUGUUUGUAGAUAGCCCUUCCAAUGAAUGCAUAUAACUACUUUUAAUGCACUUAUUGUUGACACAGAUGUACGAAUGCACGCACAGCUUGUCCAGUCCCUGUUGGCAAGUAUUGGCAAUAAAUAUUCUCUGGAAUGAUGGUGCUACAGCUAAUACUUUUAGGGUGACUUGGGGAGUUGGGGAUGAUGAGGUGGAGGGGGUGAUCUUUUAACACUCUUCCAGGAUCUAGUAGAACGCUUUCCCAGGACAGUAAACAGUUACUACAGUUACUCCACCACAAACAGGUCAAACUCUAGAAGAUGUGUAGAAGAUAUGAUGUCUGUAGUGAAUUUAAUGUUAAAUUGAGGUUCAUAUUAGCGAAAUCACACUAGUUUAUAUAUGGAAAACGUUUCAUAUAUAGAGUGUAGAUUGUAUGAAAUGACCCAAUGCAACCAAUGGCAUUAAGAAUGAAUAUAUUGUAAUAUAUUGUAAUAUAUUUAAUGUGUUUUUAUGUCUGAGAAAUCUACAUUUCAUUGCAAUUAUAAAUAAACAUGACUGUAUAUUUGA